ACUAUUUCGAGAACUGCAAGCACUAGGCGUGGUAAUGCAAAUUUUUUGACUUCUGUACGUGAACGCGGAUAUCAUGAAGAACCUCCAUUGUGCAGAUCUGGAGAGGGAGACUAUGCGCAAGAACAGCAAGAACCCAAGAAGCACAUACUUCUGUCAGCAGUCCCAGAUGAAGUUAUUUUUCAUCGAAUUGCUGUUGGGGAAGACGAGCGGUCGAGGAUGGGGGCUGCCGCGCCAGUCCCAGCAGGACAGGAGAGUGUAGUAACGAGCGGAGAGAUUGCAGAGGCGCUUUUCAAUUCGUUGGGACAUCUAUUAAGGGUAGUUUUUCAGUAUCCCAUGUGGACUACGCUGAGUGGGCUCAUCCUGAAUUUGGAGGGGAAGCUAAGGGGCAAAGAGGGCAACCGACUCGACUCGGGACAGUGAAAAACUACCUUUAAACCUAGCGUGUGUGCCUGACGUCAACCUGUUUCCAAACAGAGGAGCUCGAGCCCCCGAGCCAUCUACGACAAUGCUACACGAUGUCCUGAGGCAUUAUCACACCGAGCAGGCGGAGAAACACCAAAACAAGGUUUUAUGAUGAGGAUGAAAUUGAAAGUACGGCUUAGUUAUUUUUAUAGUUUUUUAGUCAUGUUGUUCAUCGUCGUUUUUCGUUUAAAGACUUGUAAGUACAGCUUAGGCUACAAUUUUUGAUAGUCUAUCAUUCGGUCUUCUUGCUAUUCUUAAUAGAGUAGUCAAUCUCGUCAUUAAUCCUCACAUUUUAAGAAGGUACAAGUCGAGUGAAAAAACCUCAAUACUAUUUGAUAAAUUGGGCCAUGAGGUAACAUGACAUGGCAUUACUUGUGAUUUUCUUUCAAAUUGCAGCUCUAGUUCUUACAUAUACAUAGGAGGUUACCUCCUACUAGCUAUGUUGGCUUCACCACUAUGACUAUACAGGAGGUUACCUCCUAGCUACUUAUGUUGCCUUCACCACUAUACAUAGGAGGUUGAGGUUCCUGGAAGAUCCGUUGCAACGAUUAUCUUACCUGAACAAGAUGAAGAUGGUCAUACAUCCUCAUGAUCUUACCUUUCAUUUAGACGGCGUGGUGGCAUUGUGAGCUUUCUUGGUUCUCGGUAUGCGAGGCGGGUGAUGACCUUGCUUCAGAGGCGUGAAGUUGCAAAGUCUUCAGCGUAUCUUUAAGGCUCCACAAAACCCCACUUCUCCAUGUGAGAGAGUCCCGAGCCCUAUACAGACUACUUACUUUGGUCCAUCACGCCUUGUAGAAUAGGUGUAAUGGUCUUCAGCCAAACAACUUUACGUCGGAUCCCGUUAAUGUUAAAGUACUGCGCUGGUAGUUGUCCCUGGGGGAUUCUCAUGCUGUACUGAGGCAAGUAGCGGGAUCUAUUCACGGGAUGGGUUGCGGGUAGCUCUAAUAUCCACAUCUAGUGAAUGAAGCCGUUGGCUCCACGCUUCGGGCAUUGAUCAAAGAGUGCGAAGAUGGCCGUCCCCUUUACACAUCCCAACGUCCCGUAUGGCGCGCUCCUAUUCCGCUGAAGGGAUCUUUUUUACGGUUUCAACAGAAGCAGAACUCGAAUAAAAGUCACUGUGUUGAUAGAGUAGUUUCCUUUCUCCACUUAUGCUGUGUAAGAUUCACUUCAGACCUGAUCAGGGAGGGUUAGACAUGUAGCACGUGAUCACCACCAUCUGUCAUGCAUUCACUGUGAAAAAUAUUGCCGUGGCUCUUCAGCUUUUAGAAGUGCUGUCUACGUAAAAUGGCCUCAGGAGGCACUACUUGACUGGGUGACCUCAUAAGUAGACACAAGUUGCUACUACAGAGGAGGCGCCAUCACAUGACAAGGACCGUUAUUAUAUUUAAGUACUACACGACCCUAAAGUUUAAGUUUAUACUAAUAGCAAUAAGUAAACUAGUCUUAGUCCUCUGCCUUAGAUCGUAGACUAAUUAAAUGAGUCAUCUAAUUCUAUCCUUAUCUUCCGUCUUAGAUCGUCCUGAUUUUGUAUGGCAGUUGGCUCGUUGUGCUGCGAACGGCUCGGAGUCACGAGGUCAUCCUUUGAUCGUUGAGACGCUUGCCGGAACCUUGACCAAGGCCAGAAAUUUUUUUGAACUAGAGUUAUGA